AUGAGAGAGAGAGAGAGAGAGAGUAGCAGGAAGCUGAUGAGAGAGAGUAGCAGGCAGCGGAUGAGAGAGAGAGAGAGAGAGAGAGAGAGAGAGAGAGAGAGAGAGAGAGAGAGAGAGAGAGAGAGAGAGAGAGAGAGAGAGAGAGAGAGAGAGAGAGAGUUAGAAACAAAUCCUCCAUUGGUUUUGAAGGAUCCAGUCACAACAGUCUUUAAGAGUGCAGUCCUGAAAGGUAACUACUAGAGAGUUGUUAUUUGAGACACUAGUUUGUGUUCAUAAUUUGAUAUUGUAGUGUCACAUUUUUAUUCCAUUCUUCACUCAGUCAUCUUGUGAUACUUUAGAAAAUGUUUGUAUUUAAUUUUGUCUGAAAUUCUGGUAUAUGCUCAUCUGAAUGUUUUGUGUAUAGUUUACAGAUCUAUUAUAGCUGUAUUUUAGGUUGGUUCCUUAAAUUAAAGAUUACAAUGUCUAGCCUACUUGUGCAGCAAAACUCUCUAUUUGUUUGAAAUCCCACCAAAAUUCUUAAUAAAGGUGACAGUCUGGUUGAAUAAGUUGAAAUCUUGAAACCCAUCGAUUUAGAGCUAGCAUGUACCUGGACCGGUAAUCCAAACAAAUUACCAAACAUUACUGGCUACUGGAGAAAAUAUGGAAGUGAAAUGGUUAACUCUCGGCUUACUAUACUUUUGGAAAAUGAACAAUAUAAUCUCAAAAGAGUGUAAGUAUGUAUUUAUUGUUCCAUCAGGUUUAGAGACUGUAAACCAGAAAUGUCACUCUGCCAACUUUUCAUGCAAAUGUAUGUAAAUCUACCAUGGUCUAUUAUAACUAUGUUAUUCAUAGAGUUUGGGAGAAAUGUCCAAAUUAGGCAGCUAUGUAUUACCGUAUGCAAAUAUACUUUGGUAAUAUUUCACUACUGCAGGAGUUAAAAUGAUGCACUUUGCCUGUGCUAUAUUGUAUCCCAGAAUAGUGGGUUCCAUGACUACCAGCAAUCACCUGUUUGUCAGUUUGUAACCAACCCAGGCCCAUUGCCAGUGGCCAGAACCCAUGCUUUUCCAACAUCUAAUGAUGUGGCUAAUUGAAAUUUGACAGUGAAAGUUUCUUAGACUGACAGAACGUCUCUAUUUUCGAUAUAUUUUCCUUAGACAUGUGUAAGUGAAAUUAAAGCUAUGAUUAUAUUAGCAAUGAUUAUAUCUUAUUUUACAGGUUCAGCAUUAAUGGAGAUACCCUUGGGAAUUACUCAUGCGUCUUUAGUGGUGCAGACAAGGAGGCAAAAAUAGAUUUCAAUUUGGUAGGUACAGUGUGUUGUAUGUCAUAAGUUGUUGCAUAUAUUCUAUUUCACAUUCUCUAGUCUUAAUCAAAGCCAUGUAUUGAUACAUGCAUGUCAAGUUAGGCUACAUAUUCUCUGUCAUCCAGUAUUGCACUUUUGUUUUCAUUACAUAAAACGUUCAAUUGUUCAUGUUACGUGCCAUGAUCCUUCAUAACAUUACAGGAAUGCACAGAAAUUGACUAAGAUCCCAUCUGUGCAAAAAGGUGCUUGCGAUUUGUAUUGAAUAAUGAUGUGUGCCUAUAGAUAAAAUGGUGAACUUGAUACUGGUCCCUUUCUUUUCCUCCAGCCCCAGAGAUGGGCGAUUAGAGGGACAAGCCUUUUACUGCCUAUGUGGGGGACUCUGUGGUGAUGGCCUGUAAAAUCAAGCUUCCCCCGAACACCUGGCUUUGGUACAAAGAAAAUGGAACUGAGCAGGUGAGGAGGCCCAAAUGUCAUCACUGUGUAAGGGGAGAUGUAUUUAAUAACUCUGUUAACGGUAUAUUGGAACCUAAUAUGUUUUUAUUUCGCUCAACUUAUAGUUGAACAUUAGUAAGUCAUAUCAUGUUAUUUCUUUUGACAGUGAUUAUAAAAAUUAUCAAUAAUACCGCUUUGUCUUAGAGGCUUCAUCCCCUUCAUUUUCAAUUAUUUUGUUUUCAGGAACUCAUCAAUGCAACUACUGACCCCCUUCAUUACAAGAUCAAGGUUGAUGGGAACGCAACCAAACUCACUGUGAUGAACCUGACAGAGGGGGACUCUGGUGUCUAUGUCUGCAGUGCCGUCUAUGACAUCAAGGCCAGUGUGAGCCGGGUGGAUGUUCGGGUCAUCACCUUCAUGGAGCCUCUGAAACUGUUCAUCGCCAUCGUGGCUGAGGUGAUCAUCCUGGUCCUCCUCUAUGAGUGGUGGAGCUCACGGAAAAGCAGUAACUCGCCCACAGGUAAUAACAUACAUACUGCUAUGCAGUAGCACGGUUUUAUCUUCCAUGUACUGUGUUCUAUAUAACAUGAUGCUCAUGUUUUGUUUGUAUUCCUGGCCUUCAUAAGCAUAAAACUGAACUCUUAUAUUUCCUUAGUCUCAGAAAAUGGGAUACAUGCUAACCAAAUGCAUACAUUGAGUUUAUUUUUAUGAUCAUACCUUAUAUUUCAAGGGAAUUUUAUUUUUUGUCUGAUUUAUGCUUACUGUGACAUUUUGUGAAUACUGUAUAUUUUCAAGACUAAGAUGCUCUUUAUAACUUCUGCUAUUUCAGGACCCAGGAAGAUAAUGGAAUGGAUGAGAAUACAACGAGACAACCGGUUUAAACAGCUACAGAAGAAUACUGUAUCAGAGUAA